CUGCAUCUUGUCUGCUGCCCGCAUGGACGGCAUCAUUUGGCCUGACGGGUCUGCGGAUGACUACCUUCUCACGAUAUUCCUUCGGAUAUUGGGGCAACCUGUUAGUCGUUGUGUUCUCUAUGGUCUCAACAACCGGCUGGAAUGCAAUCAAUAGCAUCUCCGGAGCCUCGGUCCUGGCAGCUUUGUCCAACGAUAAAUGUCCCCAGUGGGCUGGUGUCCUCAUUAUUUGCACGACUGUCUGGAUCAUCUGCGUACUCGGAAUAUCCUGGAUCCAUCGUCUUGACGCAGUGCUCUGGGUUUUGCCUUUCAUCGUGUGGUGUGUGGCAGCUGGUACAGGAGCCCCGCACUUGCACGGAGCUGCAAUCAAAUCUCCAACUGGACCCAACGGUGCUGCUGCUGCACUGUCUUUUAUGGCGGUAGUGUUCUCCUUCGCAGUGUCUUGGAUCAAUUGUGCUGCAGACUACAACGUAAGAAUGCCUGUCAAUACCCCGAGAUACAAGAUCUUUUGGGCUACCUAUGCCGGUAUUUUUGUGCCAACUGUCCUAGUUCAAACGCUCGGUGCAGCACUUUACUCCGGUACUGAAAGCAACGCCACCUGGAAGCAUGCAUACCUAGCAUAUGGCGUAGGAGGUCCUCUAAAAAUGGCUCUCGAACCAGCUGGUGGCUUUGGAAAAUUCCUGAUGGUGAUAGCAGCUCUGAGCUCGAUACCAAACAACAUCCCGAACAAUUACUCCUUUGCUAUGCAUGCCCAAAACUUCGGCCCUUGGGCUCUCCGAAUUCCUCGAGUUGCGCUCGUGACUUGCGGAUACAUCGCAGCUGUAAUUGUGGGAUGCUGUGCUGCAAAGUUCUUCCCGGAAGCUACUCUCCAAACCUUUCUUUCCAUCAUCGGAUAUUGGACUGUCAUACAUAUUAUUGUCGUGGCUGAGGAGCAUUUCAUCUUUCGAGGAGGGAGAUGGAGCCGAUACGAUCUAGAUGCCUGGAGCAAAUCUGACCUUCUUCCGUUUGGAUGGGGUGCAAUUGGCGCUUUCUGCUUUGGAUUUCUUGGUGCCGCUCUCGGAAUGAAGAUCACUUGGUAUACUGGACCAAUCGCCCAACUCAUUGGUAAGAAGGGUGCGAACAUCGGGCAUGAGUUGACAUUCGCAUUUUCGGCAUUGAGCUUUCCAGUAUUUCGAUGGCUCGAGAAGAAGUAUACUGGCAAAUAGGAUGUCCCAUAUAGUGUUCAAAGCCAAAGGAAUUUUAUGUAGCAGGUCCUUGAAUGUAUGGUUCCCAAUCUGGAUUAAAGUCAAAAUUUCCAUCCGCGUACGUUUCGAUCCCAAGCAGUUCUGGAAAAUAAAGUUCAAUAUCGUCUUGGGCCUGUGCAUAAGGACUUGGAUGUGCAUUUGGUCGUAACUCUUUGUGAAAUGCAGCCACCACAUCUCCAAGAGUUUGUGCAACAUGGCAAGGAAGACCGAUCGAAUGAAGCCACGUGAC